GACACUAUUCAAUUGACGUCAUGGAUGGCGAGCACGUUGUUCAAAGUGGGCUGCACAGAGCAACGAGUGGUGAUGAUGAGGAGUGAUACAUGUAGAGACUGAACACAUGCUCCAAGAUCGGUUCUCUCGCUGAUCCGGAAUGGAUAAAGUACAUCGACGUGCACUCGCUUCUCAUCAGACCCUCAUGGGGCCGCGGUAAAAUGUGACCUCUGGGAAUAUGUGUGAGGAUGUAUAUACCAUCCUGUGCCUUUCUCUUUGUCUCUACAACAAUGAUUGCACAUGUCUGUGACAUGUGAUAUCUUGAAUCUGGGUAUCUGAGCAUGCUUGAAUGUCGUUCGUCUAUCCUUGUUUGUUCCAAGGCGAUUCACCGAUUAAAGUCCCGAGCAGGUCGCAAAGUUUGGCCGACAAGGUGACCAUGAGGGAAAACUGCCUGGGGAUGCUUCUUUGCUUUCCGAGCUAUCAGCCAUGGAUCCAGCCUCAUCACUGUGCUUCCUAUAGCGGAAAGCGCUUGCAUGGUCCUCAGACUCUUUCCAAUGGGUUUAUCAACCUGAAGCUUGGCCAAACUUCGUGGCUACUGCCUUUGUCCUCGGAUCUGAUCCUCCCUCCGAGCCACUUGCACGCUUCAACGCUCUAUGUCGAAGCAGAUUCAAUGACAGGUGGACAACAACGAUUUCUCCUUGCUCGAGCUCCUCGCAGUCAUCUGAUUCGCACAUCGAUCAUGUCACAAGGAAAGAAAGAGGAAAUGCAUCGAUCUAGCUUAAGAUGGACUGCCUCUAUGUAGAUGACGUUCGCCCUCUCAUGUGAGUCUAAAGUC